ACACUCAGCCUACCCCCCCUCCCAAAUCCCCAGGCAUGGAAAGCCUCAGCGAGCUUCAGAAUCCCCUGCUGGACAAGAACACCAAGCACGUGGUGAAAGCCGACUACGGCUACGGGCGCGGAGACUUCUCCGCCAGUCAGUAUCAGGAGAACAUCAUCAACUACUUUGUCACCGGGGGCAAUGGAGGAGGAGGAGGAGGCGGAGGAGGAGGAGGAGGAGGAGGGGGUGGAGGUAGUGGGGGAGGAGGAGGUGGAAACAAUGGCAAGGCCAAGUCCAACCAGCUCCUGGACGCCACGUCCUUGCACCUGGCCGUGGAGGCCUUCUACCGGCCUAACUUCAUCCUCUACAAGGACGACGCCGUGACCGUCAAGGUCAAGGACUGCAAGAGCGACAGUUGCGAGACGACCUUCACCGAGAAGAACAGGGACAGGGACAGGGAGAGGGAGAAGGAGUCGGAGAACACACCGGCCUCGGGCGACACCCCCGGCAGUGGCGGCGAGGACGCGCAGGUCAAGCUGCUCCACGACGACAGCGACAUCAAGAUCCAGACGGUGUCGUACGAGGUGGAGGAGGAGGAGUACGUGGAGUAUGAGACGGACUGCUCGAGUGACAGUGAGAGUGAGGAUAACUUCAUCGUGAUCCCUCCGCGAGACCACCUGGGCUUGGCCAUCUUCUCCAUGCUCUGUUGCUUUUGGCCUCUGGGCAUCGCAGCCUUCUACUUCUCCCAAGGGACCAGCAAAGCUGUCACCAAGGGGGACUUCUCUCUGGCGAGCAUCGCCUCCAGACGGGCCCUGUUCCUGGCUGCCCUCUCCAUCACCAUCGGCACGGGCGUGUACGUCGGAGUGGUGGUGGCCCUCAUCGCCUACCUGUCCAAGCCCGGACAUAUAUAG